AUGAACGUGAAUCGAGUAUUAAUUGAGGCAAUAUUACACGAAUUACAAAAUCGACAAGAAUUAAGGAGAUUGAAUAGAAACUUGAGAGAUGCAAGUAAUCCAUUUGAAACUCCAGAAGAAUUAUUUAAAAAAUUAUACCGGUUGGAUGUACAGACUGCUCAAGAUCUAUUUAAUGAACUUCUACCAUUUCUUAAUCAAGGUCGAAGAAAUACAAGCAUUCCAUCAGUCCUUCGAUUUUUUUCAACAAUAACAUUUUUAGCUCAUGGAAGUUAUCAAAAGCCUGUUGCUCAAGAUAAAUCUGUUGCCUGUUCUCAAUCAACUAUUAGCAGGCAUCUUCAUGAAAUAAUAAACAUGAUGGUAAAUCAUUUAGGUAACAGGUAUAUAAGAUUUCCUCAAACUUUGGAGGAAAUAAUUAUGAUAAAACAGGGAUUUUUUGCAAAACAUGGCAUACCGGGAAUUAUAGGUUGCAUUGAUUGCACACAUGUGAAAAUAGUGCCACCAAGUUUCAGGCAGCUUGGAUAUCCACCCAACUUUUUUCUUAAUCGAAAGAACUUCUACAGCUUAAAUUGUCAGUUGAUGCUCGAUAUCCUGGCAGCGUUCAUGAUGCAGCAAUUUGGACCAUGA